AUGGAGGACGAAGCGGUGCGCAUGCGCUGGCUCAGCGGCCGGCCUCGGCGAGUCCUCGACCUGCGCCGUCCUCCAGGCUUGUCGCAGAUGAACUCGUAUCACGCGCAAUGGAGUGUCAUGGACGAUCAGAUCAUGGUGAGCCUGCCAUCGACAACAGACGCCUUGUCCCCGUCUACAGUGUACUUGGCCGAUAUCAAGGACGGCUUGAAAGGGGAUGGCGAUACAGUCGAGUUUAGGAAGAUUGCAGAGCUGCCGUUCCAUGCCACGAGAUCAAGGCUGCUGAGCAACAGAGAGGGGUUCGUCACUGCAGAGCUCAGGCAAAGCCUGGGCAAGUUGAUACUACGCACUCACGACUGGAGUGGCAGCGUCAAUAGAGAAAAGACUGUGGCAGCAGAGGCUGUCGAUGGGGACAUUGCCAUUUACGGCGCAUCCGUCGCCCUCUGUGUACGCACUGGCACAUGCAUUCAGAAGCCAUUCACCAACUGCCUCGGAACUUCAACACAUGUCAUGAUCUGGGACAUUGAGACAGAAGACGUGAGAAGGGUUGAGAUACCCCAAGACGAACGCGCACCUCAAUGUGUAAGAACAUGGGCUCCAAGACCACUUGCCUGCUCUCCCCAUCACUGCCUUCUGACCGUCUUCUCAAAGCAUAGGGGGAACAUCCAGUUCGCCACGUCUUCGUACCUUGCCCUCGGCGGCCACAUCGAUCCCUGCUACGACAAGCCGUAUGCCGUGCUGCGGUCCAUCUCGAUUGUGCCUUCAGAGCAGAAUCCUGGCCGGUUGUUUCACCAUCACGAAAACUUUGAGUAUGGAAACAACCACGACGCAAUAGCAAUACCCGGAAGCUCUGCUCGCAACCAUGUCAUCGUGCACCAUCACCAGGCCGAGAGCCGCUUUACAGUCGCAGACGUGGGCUUACUCACAGGCGAGAUUCCCGUAAGCCUCCCCAGCAUGAUGUUUGAAAACAUUGAACUUCCCCAGACCACAGACGGUGACGAACAGAGAUGGCUUCAGUCCGUAUCGGAACCCACCCCGAGAUACUUUACCGACCCGGAUUACCACAAGGACCUCUUCCACGUCUUCUCCGACAAGACCAGAGCGCGAACGCUCAACGGGGCCAUAUUCGACAGACUGCCCGCCCUCGCCAAGAACCGACUGCUGGUGCGGCAACACGUCGAGGAAUCCGACCACGACGCGCGCAGCUAUCAUGGCUUCAAGGCCUCUCACUCCUCAUUCGGCACCUUUCAGGUCCUCUACCUCUACGACUUUGACCAGGACCGAUGCAGAGCCCUGCGCCAGCUUUCACCCCCGGAGCGCCAGGCCCUCGAGGCGCGGCUGAAGGAGCUGAACCCCGACGCCAGGGUGACCGUCACGUCCCGCAUGUUUUACGCCUCCAUCGAGGACGAGGACGACAUGGAGAGGGACCCUUCGCCAGAGUGGAAGGCCCACGUGCGGGAGCUGUGGGAGGUGGAACAGGCGCGGCAACGGGGGGAGGCCAGGUUCCCGGCGCUCGAGUUUGACGAGCCGCCAAAGGGAUGCGAUGACGAUGCUCGCCUGGUGUUCACGCGCAGCAUGGUGUGUCUGCCGAGGGUGCGGGACGGCGAGGGGCUUGCCUUGACGGCUUCGGCUGUGGUUGAGCUUCCAACGCCCACGGCAGAUGGAUCUGUGCACUGCUUUCUGGCUUAG